GCCCGCUGAAUCGUAAUGGCGGAAGAACCUGAUCAAGUUUAAAAAAUAAUAGUAUAUUAUCCCUCCAAUUUGUAUCAUUUAAUCAAACAAAUUUAAUUCUAGGAUCAUUUUAAAAUAAUAUUUAUACAAUAAGCUAUGGAUUCAACUUCAGAGAAGAUUCUUAUGGAACCUUAUAACUACAUUCUACAAGUUCCUGGCAAAAGGAUAAGGGAAAAGCUUAUUCAGGCUUUUAAUCUUUGGUUAAAGAUACCAGAAGACAAGUUGAAUAUAAUCUCUGAUGUAGUGAAAAUGCUGCACAACUCAAGUUUAAUGAUUGAUGAUAUUGAAGAUAAUUCAAAGCUGCGCAGAGGAAUACCAGUUACCCACAAUAUAUUUGGAGUAGCACACACCAUCAAUAGUGCUAACUAUAUGUACUUCAAAGCUUUAGAAAAGGUCUUGUCGUUAGACCAUCCAGGGUGUAUUCACAUAUUCACAGAGGAGUUGCUGGCUCUACAUCAAGGUCAGGCUAUGGAUAUUUACUGGAGAGAUUGGUUUACUUGCCCAACAGAAGAUGAAUAUAAAGAUAUGGUUUGUAAAAAAACUGGAGGUUUAUUCCGAGUUGCUGUCAGACUAAUGCAGCUGUUCAGUGAAAACAAGAGUGAUUUCUUACCUCUGCUUGACACUUUGGGUCUGUAUUUUCAAAUCAGAGAUGAUUAUGCCAAUUUGCUAUCAGAAGAGUACCGACAAAACAAAAGCUAUUGUGAAGACCUGACGGAAGGAAAGUUCUCGUUUCCUAUAAUACAUGGAAUACAACACGACUCCAAUAGUACCAAGAUUAUCAAUAUCUUAAAACAGCGAACUGAAGAUGUUGACAUCAAGAAGUAUUGUAUUGAUUGUCUAGAACAGAGUGGGUCGUUUGCUUACACCAGGGAUGUACUUAAAGAACUUGAGCAAAAAGCCUUGCAGCUGAUCCAAGAAAUGGGUGGAAAUCCUCAACUUACUAACGUUGUCCAUCACCUGAGUAAAAUAUACUCCGAAUAAAUAAUACACUUCUUUAAUAUUAAUGAUUAACGAAACUUUAAAGUGCACACUAUAUUAUAUAUAUAUUAUAAAAUAACUAUUAUGAAUGUCGCGUUCUGGUUGGUUGGGAGCGCGUGCUUUAUGAGAGCACACAACACGCUCGCGCACUUUCCGGUAAUAUAUCUCAGAUCUAGGUCCGCGACGACAGUCGUCCGCGACUUUAACCCAACAAGGCCGAUUUUGUUAUUUUAUAAUAUAUUUAUUGCACAUUUGGAGAGCGACUACAUCCGAAUAUUAAGAGUUUUUAGAUCCCAUUCCAAACAAGAGAAUUUCUUUAAUUUUUAUAUUAGAACUAGUUGAUUAUUUCAGUAUUAUCGCUUACUAGUCACACUCAUAUUUGCCUUAAAGGCCUCCAACUCCGUUUAGCAGUGUUAAGAAAAUAGAAUACAAUAUUAUACGUAGAUCAUGGGGGGAUCCGGGGGGGGAUGAAUUGGUGUCUAGUCACCCCCCUUUGAAGUUGAAAAAUAAAAAGAAUAAAGGAUAAGGUAAAACCUAAAAAGGAUAUGUGAUACCUUUCUAUAGAUAACAGUCACCCCCCUCAAAUCCUCCCUACCCGUCGCUACGGAUGCAUAGGUAUACAUCGAAAUAUGAUUGAAUCCCCUGGACCGUAGUCUCCCGCUCCCUCGAGCGUUGCGUGACGACCGACACUAAAAACGGAUGCGAGGGAGACUACCUGGACCGUGACGUUUCAUGAAGUUUUUCCUAUUAUUAUUAUUGAAUGUUUUACGCUUGUACGACUUUUGACGGGAAGCGAUCGUAUGUUCUGUGUUUUAGCCUUUUCUAGUACCUGUUGUUGCCUUUUUGUUAUCAACGGGUACCAUUUGAUUUUCGAUUUUAUCCAGAAAUCCCUAGUAUUGGCGAAGAAAAAAGGGACGAAAUUUUUAAUAAAUUACUUUUUUCUUUCA